AUGAACACAGAUUCAAUAAAUCAUGCAAAUAGUAACCAAGGGGUGGUAAGCCUAAACACCGUGACUCCAUACCAUGGGGCGUAUGGAUAUCAAUAUAAUGAAUUUAACAAUAUGAUUCAGCUUCCAGUGUCAUUAAAUUUUGAUGCAAGGAAUUUUCUUGUUCCAUUGCAGGAUAUUCCAAAGACAGAUGAAGUGAUCAAUGAUGCUGAUCAAAGCAUUGUGAGGCAACAAGCUACUAUGACUGAGGUUGACUAUGGUUCCAUUUCAAAUGGGUGUGCUGCUGUUGAGGAUGAAGUAAAAGAGACUCAGGAGGAGGAAGCAAUCCAAGAUUAUUUGAUCCUUAAGCUUUGA